AUGCCGUCAAUUCCCACUUUUCACAAAGCUUACGUCGUUCAAGGCACCAAAGGUGUGUUCAAGACAAUUCCUGUUCCCAAGAUUGGUGCUGGUGAGAUUCUCAUCAAGGUAGAGGCUGUAGCUAUUAAUCCUACCGAUUGGAAGCACAUUGGGUUUGAUAUUGGUGAGGAAGCUGUGGUUGGCUGCGAUGUUGCCGGUACGGUUGUAGACGUUGCAGAUGACGUUCGUGAUUUUAAGGCUGGCGACCAGGUUUUUGGACUUGUUUCUGGUGCUAAUAGGUUCUCCCCUGAUAAUGGAGCGUUUGCUGAGUAUGCUCGACUCAUUGCCAAUCGCACUUUGAAGGCCAGUGUCAAGUUCACUCAUUCUGGAUCUGACCUUCCUGUGGGUCCUGUUAUUAACUGGGAGGGUGCUGCUUCGUUACCUGUUGGAUUGUAUACUGCUCUUAUGGCCUUUAACUAUUAUGGUAAGAUCUCAAUUGAAGACCAUCCAGAGUUUCAUGAUGAAUACUUUCUUGUCUGGGGAGGCUCAUCAUCGCUGGGCCAAGCGGUCAUUCAGAUUGCUAGAAAAGUGGGUUUCAAAGUCAUUGCCACUGCUUCUAAACACAAUUUUGAAACUUUGGACAAGCUGUUUGUUGAAAAGUGUUUUGACUACCACGAUGACGAUGUUCUUGAUCAGAUUAAGAAGUACACUGGUGGCAAGCUUGCUUAUGCUUAUGACACUAUCACCGCCCCUCCAACUACUAUUAAUGUCUACUCUGUCUUGCCUAAGGACCGUGAGAGCACUUUGUUUAUUUCGCUACCUUUUGAUGCGUCUACUGUUAAAGAACCCAAUCCCAAAGUUUCGAUAAAGUUUCCUUUGGCUUACUUGGCUAUUGAUAAGAAGAAGGACAUUGAAGGUAUUCAGCACUCUCCUGACGGUCUCUUUGAAAGUACUAUUCAGGCUAUUAAAACUGUCAACGACAAUUGGGCUAAAAAUCCCCAAUAUUUGCAACACAUGCCCGUAAAGAUUCUUAAAGGUGGCAUUGACGCCAUACCCGAGGGUCUGGAACUUGUCAAGGCGGGUAAGAACUCGGGUGUGAAGAUUGUCGUUCCAAUUGUCGAAUGA